UCUUGAGCUCCUCUGGUACAGUAUCGACAGUUCUAGCGAGCCUGAUGCUCUAGCUUUCCAAGCUACUCCAGCCAGUGUUGGUCUGCUGCGCUCUAUUCCAGGAAACCUACCAGGCACCCCACAACUGCCCUCACCUCCCCAUUCCCAACCCCGCUCCAACACCAUGGAAACAUCAAAAGAGGCCCCAGAGGACGCCAUCACAGCUUCAGAAAGGACAGGCACCACCAUACCCACCGAUAAACCUCCAAAACGGCCAAACGCCUUCACAGAAUUAAUGAACCGUUCGAAACAAUCUAAACCAACUCCUCCCCCCGCACCACCCGCACCCCCCUCCGCCUCCCGCCACAUCUUCAAAGACCGCACCGGCCUUGGCGCCUACAUCGCCUCGCCAACCUCCUUCCCCGCCUCAGUCGUGAUAUCCCACAACGAGAACUACGUCCUCAUCCACGACCUCUACCCGAAAUCGAGCGUGCACCUCCUCCUCCUCCCGCGGAACCCAGAGAUCUCAGACACCCACCCACUCACAGCUCUAACCACGAACGCAGCGUUUCUGGAAGAGGUGAAAGUUGAGGCCGCAAGAGCGGUGAAGAUCGUCGCCGCUGAGCUCCGCCGCCGCUACGGCCAAUACUCCGCCGCCGAGAAAGCUCGAGAGGAAGCGCUAGAAGCCAUCAUGGCCUCGGACGCCGACAUACCCACCGAAGAAGCCCUCGAGGCCCAGCUCCCCAAAGGCCGAGACUGGGAAGCCGAAGUGAUGGUCGGCGUCCACGCACACCCCUCCAUGUCGCACCUGCACAUCCACAUCCUCUCGCGCGACCGCCACUCGCCCGCGCUGAAGCACCGCAAGCAUUACAACUCGUUCGCGACGCCGUUCUUCGUGCCCAUCGCCGAUUUCCCGCUCGAGGACGGGGAUCCGCGGUGGCAUCCCGGGCGCGAGGGGUACUUGCAGGGCGACAUGAAGUGCUGGCGGUGCGGGCAGAAUUACUACGGGCGGUUCAAGCAGCUGAAGGCGCAUUUGGAGGGGGAGUUUGAGGGGUGGCGGGGGGAGUAG